GCCUCCGACGCCCGCCGGAUUUCCUCGCCGCUUCGAAGCGCCGUUACCUGGGAAGGGCGAGCGCUGCGCCCUCCUGGCGAGCUGCCGCGAACCUCUUAUCUGGAAAUGUACACGAAGCAGUCCAGUCAAGGAGAGUGGUGAUUUCUCAUAACAUGGACAAAGCCCUGAAAGAAGUGUUUGACUACAUCUACCAAGAUUACAUUUUGUCUUGGUAUGGGAACCUCAGCAGAGACGAAGGGCAGCUGUAUCAUCUACUGUCUGAAGACUUCUGGGAGGCUGCCAAGCAGCUGCGGCACAGGCUCGGUCACAUUGAUGUAGUUAAAGUCAUUUGCAACGAUGUUGUGAAAGCUGUGCUCAACCAUUUCUGUGAUCUCAAAGCGGCCAAUUCCAGAUUGGAAGAACAACCGCGGCCAUUUUUACUGCACCCGUGUUUGAGGAGCUCUGAAGAAGAGGCAAAAUUCCUGCAAGCGUGCUCUCAAAUUCUGGUCUAUUGUCUUCUGCCCUCAAAGGAUGCUCAAUCUUUAAGCUUACAUAUAGUCCUAGCAGAGAUACUUGCAACAAAAGUACUGAAACCAAUGGUAGAAUUAUUGAGUGAUCCAAACUACAUCAACCGCAUGUUGCUUGUCCAGAUGGAGUACAGAGAACAGCUGAUUGAACAUCACAAGAGAGCCUACACAUAUGCUCCUUCUUAUGAAGAGUUCAUCAAGCUUAUUAACUGUAACUCAGAUAUUGAGUUCCUCAAACAAUUAAGGUAUCAGAUUGUGGUGGAAAUAGUUCAAGCAACCACUAUCAGCAACUUCCCCCAGUUGAAACGUCAAAAGGAGAACAAGGUUAAAGAGACUGCUGCAAUGAAAGCAGAUCAUCUGAGGGCCAGAAAUAUGAAAAGGUAUAUCAAUCAGCUAACUGUAGCAAAAAAACAAUGUGAAAAGCGCAUACGACUUCUGGGAGGCCCUGCUUAUGAUCAACCAGAAGAUGGUAUUUUUGAGGAUAGUGAUGGUCCUCAGAGCCAGAAGAUACUUCAGUUUGAAGAUAUAUUAUGUAACCCAUCCUACAGAGAACACUUUCAAAUAUACAUGGAAAGAAUGGAUAAGAGGGUUCUGAUCAGCUAUUGGGAAUCUGUAGAAUACUUGAAGAGUGCUAACAAGGCUGAAAUACCUCAACUUGUGAGUCAAAUCUAUCAGGAUUUUUUUGUGGAAAGCAGAGAAAUUCCUGUGGAAAAAUUACUAUACAAAGAGAUACAGCAGAGCCUUGUGGGUAACAAGGGCAUUGAAGUGUUCUACAAAAUUCAGGCUGAUGUUUAUGAAACACUAAAGGACAGGUACUAUCCAUCAUUCAUUGUCAGUGAUUUAUAUGAGAGGCUGAUCAAAAAAGAAGAGAGAAAUCCUAUCCAAAUGGCAUCAGAUGACAAAGAUGAUGUGAGACAAGUUUGUGAAGAAGUUAUUGAUGAAGGAAGCUCAGAAAUUAAUGAACAGGCCAGUUAUGCUGUAAAUAAGCUACGCCAAUUAAAUGACAGACUUGAAUAUAAGAGACAAGCUCUAAAUUCUCUCUGUAGUUCACCAAAACCUGACAAAAAGAUUGUUUCUAAAUUGAAAGAUGAAAUCAGUCUGAUGGAGCGAGAACACAGUGACCUUCAAUUACAUAUUGAAAGAACAGACUGGUGGUGUGAAAAUCUUGGCAUGUGGAAAGCCUUCAUUAAUACUGGAGAGGUCAUUGAAGAAAAUGGUGAACAAGUGCCCUAUUAUUCUGUCAUAGUGAUAUUACAGGAGAUUGGCAGGAUUGAAGCGAAGGAGUGGACAGUUGUCCGAAAGCUCAGCGAGUUUCAAAGUCUGCAUCGGAAACUCAGUGAGUGUUUUCCAUCAUUAAAGAAAGCUCAAUUGCCUUCACUCAGCAAAUUGCCAUUUAAAUCUGUAGACCAGAAAUUCAUGGAGAAAUCUAAGAACCAGUUAAAUAACUUCUUACAGAAAUUGCUUUCUGAUGAAAGGCUGUGUCAGAGUGAAGCACUUUAUGCCUUCUUAAGCCCUUCUCCUGAAUACCUUAAGAUGAUCGACAUACAGGGAAAGAAGUCUUCUUUUUCACUCUCUUCAUUUUUGGAGAGGCUUCCUGGUGACUUCUUUUCUCAUCAGGAGGAAGAAGCUGAAGAUGAUGAUCUAUCUGACUAUGGGGAUGAUGUGGAUGGGAAACGGGAUGCCCUUGCAGAGCCUUGUUUCAUGCUGAUAGGAGAGAUUUUUGAGCUGCGAGGAAUGUUUAAGUGGGUGAGGAAGACACUAAUUGCACUAGUUCAGAUCACUUUUGGAAGAACCAUCAACAAGCAAAUUCGUGACACUGUAAAUUGGAUCUUCAGUGAGCCAAUGCUUGUUUACUAUAUCAACAUAUUCCGAGAUGCAUUUUGGCCAGAUGGGAAAGUGGCAUCCAGCACAAAACCUACAAGUGAAGAGCAAAGCCAAGAGACAAAACAGAAAGCACAGCAAAAACUACUUGAAAACAUUCCAGAUACCCUUCAAAAUCUUGUUGGACAGCAAAAUGCUCGCCAUGGUGUAAUCAAAGUGUUCAAUGCACUUCAAGAAACCAAAGCCAAUAAGCAUCUUCUUUAUGUGAGUUUAACUCAGACUUCAUGGGGUUGUUUGUUGUUUAAAACUGAUCCUUUCUCAGAUCUUAGAAGCUUCACUCUCUCUUACAUUCUACUGUUUCUUGAAGUAUUCAUAGAACUUCUUUUUACUUGGAAUGGGUGAAACCCACUUAAGAGAUUAAAUGGAAAACUUUAUACACACCUAUAUGAAAUAUGACCAUGUUUCCUUCCAUUUCUGUCCUUCUCUAGCUGGAUUCUAGCUGAAGCAAUAGAGGGGGAAUGCAUUAAAUCAGAGUAAUUUACUAAUUCGUGAGGUCUCCCCAAUCAUACUAGGCCUAUCUAGAGGUUUCUGGUGUCAGUUAACACCAACGUAUGAUAACAAUUUGGUCCUCUACCAUGCUAGAACCACCUAAAAAUGGGAGAAUGGUGGACAGCAGGUGACUUGAAGCCUUGAGUUCAUGUGUGCACAUUGUGCAGUUGGGGUUGCACAGAAUCUGAAGUGGAGCAAUCCUGUCCCAGAACAGAUGAUCUUUUGUCUCAUUAUUACCAGACCUCUUCAUUAUAUUUCUCUACAGAGAAUAUUCAGAUUGAUUUUUUUAAGGUUGGCUGCAGGAAACAUGCUAGACUGGAUGAUAAGAGCUUUUACUGGAAGGCCUUAUUCUAUGGAAUGCUUAUACACCCAGCAUUUUCCCUAUUACAUACCAUCAUACAUUCCUGAAACCCCAAGAUGACUCUUCAGAGGAAGUGAUUUGUGCUUAGGUCCUCCAGUUUAUACAGUAAUGUUUGAUGUUCUAACGUCAAUUUACAGGCAAAAAACCCACAUUUUAAUCUUUUU